AUGCUCAAUAAUGACAUUUGGUUGCUGAUAUUCGAAAUCAGCUCCUUGGAGUCGUGCAUUGCUCUCAGUCAAGUGUGCCAGCUCACAGCUCAAGUGUUCCACGGUUUGGAGGACACAUUGAUUAAGGGAAUGGUGCAGAGACGGGCUCCUUGGUUUCAGCUGAGUGACCACUUUACAAAAUGGGCUGAUUGCGCCCGGGUACUUGUCGCUAGAUCGAAAAGUCAUACUUCUAUUGAAAAUCUAGGAGAAGUAGUGGCCAAUUGUUCUACAGAUGUUGUCAGUGUGGUACCAACAGAUGUGGCCCAAGACGACCAGCUGCGUCAGUCAAUGAGUCCCAUCUUUAACGAUUUCCGACUUGCGAGUACAUGUGGACCCACCGAGGGAGUGAUGGAGGGAACCAGAGUCAUGUGGCACAAUUAUGAGAUUGACCUAACUACAAUGGUCGUCAAGAAGAACAACUACGACCCUAUCGAAGAAGAGUACUACCCCCAUAGUGAGAAAGAACUUGUAUCCACCAGUUCUUCGGGUCUUCAAGUCAGACACGAGAACCCGAAUGUGCCUGUGGAAGUCAUGGCUGAAAACGACACUUUACUCCACGUUCAAUACAACGACGACCACGACUUUCCAGUCGACGAGAUACUGCACAAAGAAUCGCAGCCACGAGAUGAAAAGGGCAUGGUUGUAAUCAGCAACGACCCCAACGCGCGUCAAUUUCGCGGCCCCGUGCACUUGGAAACUGCGGUGGUCAAUCUCGUUCCUGGAGCAGCAGGAGCACUCAUCAUCAGACACUACCGCUUCUCUCCAGAGAUGUCGUACCUAGCAUACAUGCUGCCCACAGUUGACCAGACGGUGAUAAAGCUCUGUGCAGUUCCUAGACAGUUCAGAUGGACCAUUGACUCGUUCAAAGACGGAAGUAUGAAGUUUGCCAUUCCCCACAACGGAUAUGUGUUUGUAUUCGCUUGCGGACUUCUUCACAGACUGUGGAUAGACAUGGAGACACAAGAACAGGGGGUGAUGACGUCCUGGAACCCCAAAUUCCCGGCAUUGGGACCCUUCGACGUAGCCCUGGAUCACAGCUCCAAAUGGAGACUCUCUCAGGGCUCCCGAAACAAACACUUGGUCACUGCCCGCGACACACAGGGCUGUAUAGUUGGAGAUCUGAACACGGGAAAGACAUACUUUGCAAGGGGAGCUACAAAAGAUUCUAGCGAACAAACUCCUCCUAUCAUCCCCUUUUCUACAGGUUCUCCCGUUGACUCUGUGGGUUUCUACACCAUCAACCUGGAGGUAUGGCGAAACUUCAAACUCAGCGGUGGCUUCCAUGACCUAACGGAAAGAUACAGACAGGUGUGUGAAUAUGUACAGUCGACGAGAUCAAGAGACGAUGAACAGGGAGAGCCUGAGCCUUCCAAGACGACUACCAAACAGGCAAUCCACUCCUUCAUGGGAUACAUGAAAAAUGCUGCGGCGUUCUAUGAUGAUGCAGACACCGAGUCCGACCAACGCGAAUACGAACUGAAUCGCACCGACUCAGACUCUGAUAUUUAA